CCCACCAGCUGCUAUGCUGUUCAACAGGUUUGGAAAGCAGCAUAACAUAUUUUUGUCCUGACGGUUUCAACACAGACUUUAGUGUGUAGUGACAGUGGGGCCUAUAUGUUACUGAAUAUAUAGCAGAACCAGGAAUAUUGCUCUCCCAAAAACCUUGGACAGACAGAGCAAACUGCAGUGGACAGUUGUUUGCUACAAUGGCAGCCAUACCAGAGGUGUGGAUCCCGGCAUUGUCCUUACUGCAGCUGGCCCACUGUGCUGUCACCUCCAGGCAUGCUCAAGGAGAGCCUGUGUUGUUGGAUGAGCAUACAGCAACCUCCUACCUGUCGCGCACACUGCUUUAUAACAGCUGGGACUUUGAGCUGUUGGUGUCUGACGAUUUGGAGAGGGAGUGUAAGGAGGAGAUGUGCAGCCGUGAGGAGGCCAGAGAGGUGUUUGAGGACGACACUCAAACGGAAAUAUUUUGGACCAACUAUGUCAACAGUCAAGCGUAUGCUCCCAGAUUGGAUGUGUCGGGAGUGGUGGCAGGUAUCCUGGCUGUCCUAGUGUCUGCUGUUAUUGCCACUGUCCUGGGAAUAUACUUCUACAAAGCUAAAAAGAAGGAUGGCCAGACGUCAGCCCAAGCUCCAGUGAGGAUGGCAGCAGAUGGCCGUCCCGCUCCGGAGAUGGUGCCCCUUGCUGGGAUCACUGCUCCAGGUCUACCCAGCUACAAUGAGGCUCUGAACCGCAGUGGGCAGCAUGAUGCCCCACCACCACCUUAUUCAGGGGGUGCGCCGUCAGAGCCCGCUGAUCCUGGAGACAACGAAUAAGAGGGUUGACAGAGCUUCUUCAAAUGGCUAGUGGGAAAGAUUUUAGUCUACCUUUUGAGUGUGUGUAUGUGUGCGUAUACAUUUUGCUUAUGCGUGAAGUUAGUUCCCAGUCCCAGAAGUAACUCUUCUUAAAAGGUGGAAUGAGAUGUGGAGAGAUUGAGGAACAUGUUUUGCGGUUUCCCCUCACAAUUGUAUUGCAUCUGCAGGGUAGUUUUGAGUUUGGGGAGAAAUGGAGAAUAACAGUUUAAUGCAAUAAAUGAAGUAACAAUUACAUAAAGCUCCCAUUAUUUUCUUUGCCUUGUGCAACUUGACAGGCCAGUAUAGACAAGUGCAUGUGUGUACAAUUUAAGUCAGGGGAAUGUCUGCACGUCAAUCACAUACUUUAACCUGUGUUGUUGUUAAUCACAGCAGUUUAUCACAAUGCUACUACUUUAAUGCUACUCUACAUUGUGUAGCCGUGCACUGGAAUGUGUUUGUGUGUGUGUGUUUUUGUUACCUCUUUAGGACUUUUGACACCAUAAACACUUUUUCAGGACCAGUAGACCUUAUGGGGAGGUUAUCCUCCUAAUGAGCCAAAACAUAGUUUCUGAGAUCAAAUAUUUAUGUUUGUGUCAUAUGCGACAGAUGGACAUUUAAACUGUGGUGAAAGAUCACUUUCACUAUCUAUUUGCUGCAAACCAUGUACGGUAAGCGAGGACAAUGUGCAGCGUGGAUGCUCUAACCUGAAAACUUCGUCAGCAUUCCAGUUGCUGUACGUUUGCUACACGAUGACCGUAUACUUCAUACUUCAUGGGGCGGUGUGGCCUAGGGGGUAAAGUGGGCGUUCUCCAACAAGAAGGUUGCUGGUUCAAUUCCCACUCUUCCCCAUCUGCAUGCCGAAGUGCCCUUGGCAAGAUACUGAACCCCUUACUGGCCCUCAUAUACAGUGCCUUGCAUAAGUAUUCACCCCCUUUGGACUUUUCUACAUUUUGUCAUGGUAUAACCACAGAUUACAAUUUAUUUCAUCGUGAGUUUAUGUAAUGGACCAACACAAAAUAGUGCAUCAUUUGGAAGUGGGGUGAAAUAUUACAUGGAUUUCACAAUUAUUUACAAAUAAAAAUCUGAAAAGUGUUGAGUGCAUAUGUCUUCACCCCCUUUACUGUGAAACCCCUAACAAAGAUCUGGUGCGACCAAUUGCAUUCACAAGUCACAUUUGCAAGUCACAUAAUUAGUAAAUAGGGUCCACCUGUCUGCAAUUUAAUCUCAGUAUAAAUACACCUGUUCUGUGACGGACUCAGAGUUUGUUGGAGAUCAUUACUGAACAAACAGCAUCAUGAAGACCAAGGAGCUCACCAAACAGGUCAGGGAUAAAGUUGUGGAGAAAUAUGAAGCAGGGUUAGGUUAUAAAAAAAUAUCCAGAGCUUUGAACAUCUCUCUGAGCACCAUAAAAUCCAUCAUAAGAAAAUGGAAAGAAUAUGGCACAACCGCAAACCUACCAAGAGGAGGCCGUCCACCCAAACUGAAGAGUCGGACAAGGAGAAAAUGAAUCAGAGAAGCAACCAGGAGGCCCAUGGUUACUCUGGAGGAGUUGCAGAGAUCCACAGCUGAGGUGGGAGAAUCUGUCCACAGGACAACUAUUAGUCGUCUACUCCACAAAUCUGGCCUUUAUGGAAAAGUGGCAAGAAGAAAGCCAUUGUUGAAAGGGAUCCAUAAAAAAUCCCGUUUGGAGUUUGCCAGAAGCCAUGUGGGAGACACAGCAAACAUGUGGAAGAAGGUGCUCUGGUCAGAUGAGACCAAAAUGAACUUUUUGGCCUCAAUGCAAAACGCUAUGUGUGGCGAAAACCCAACACUGCCCAUCACCCUGAGCACACCAUCCCAACAGUGAAACAUGGUGGUGGUAGCAUCAGGCUGUGGGGAUGCUUCUCUUCAGCAGAUACAGGGAAACUGGUCAGAAUAGAGGGAAAGAUGGAUGGAGCCAAAUACAGGGAAAUCCUUGAAGAAAAUCUGAUGCAGUCUGAAAAAAAGACUUGAGACUGGGGCGGAGGUUCAUCUUCCAGCAGGACAAUGACCCUAAACAUACAGCCAGAGCUACAAAGGAAUGGUUUGGAUUAAAGAAUGUUAAUGUCUUAAAAUGGCCCAGUCAAAGCCCAGACCUCAAUCCAAUAGAGAAUCUAUGGCAAGACUUGAAGAUUGCGGUUCACAGACGGUCUCCAUCCAAUCUGACUGAGCUUCAUCUUUUUUGCCUAGAAGAAUGGACAAACCUUUCCAUCUCUAGAUGUGCAGAGCUGCUAGAGACAUACCCCAAAAGACUUGCAGCUGUAAUUGCAGCGAAAGGGGGUUCUACCAAGUAUUGACACAGGGGGGUGAAUACUUAUGCACCCAACAGAUGUCAACUUUUUUGUUCUCAUUAUUGUUUGUGUCACAAUAAAAUGUAUUUUGCACCUUCAAAGUACUACGCAUGUUUUGUUGAUCAAACGGGAAAAAGUUUAUUUAAGUCUAUUUGAAUUCCAGUUAGUAACAGUAUAUAAUGGGAAAAAGUCCAAGGGGGGUGAAUACUUAUGCAAGGCACUGUAUGUUGUGUGUACUAAAAAUGUAAGUCGCUUUGGGCAAAUGCGUCAGCUAAAUGACAUGUAAUGUAAUACUUAAAAUGCUAUUUGUAGUGUUACCAUAAAUCACUUAAGAGUAAAAUUCUGUGACACAUAAUCAUUACUUGGCAGUAUAUUAUGAACUUGAUUUAUGUUUUUGCAAUUUGAACUAGUGUACAUUUCUUUUAAUUUAUUAGUAUAAUGUUUUGAUAAUAAACAAGUUAACAUUA